AUGACUUCUGAUUUACCGGAUUUGGAUUCUUUAAUAGACGAAAGGAUUAAUCAAUUGAUUAAAAAGAAGUUUGAUGAUGCUAUCGUACAGAAAUCAGAAGAUAAUCAAGAGCAAAAAGCAAAAAUGGGCCAAGUUGUGAUACAAUUUCUCGAUAAACAAGUUACUAAGUCCAAAAAGAAGACUGGAUGGUUUGGGCAAGGUAAAAGCAGCGAUUCUGAGGACCUCAAACCGUGGGAAUCGUGGAUAAUAAACGUAAAAUGUUUGCCAAUAAUCAAAGAAAGUGGAGGCGAAAAUCGUGGUUUAGAAAAGUCAUCUGGAUCAACAAAAGACACUCAUAAGAGAAUAUACGAGCAAAACGUUGCUAUAUCGAUAAAUAGUUUUGAAAACAAUAUGAGGAAAAUUAUAGACAUCGCAGACAGUCAGAAAGACUACAUUCCACCCAUAACUUCGUUGGACAGUUCUCCAUUUCCGUAUUCUAUUGAUGUGGAACGAAAGGCUCCUGAAAAUAUGAACUAUACCGCUGGCGAUGACGAAGGAUGGGGCAAUUACAUCAAAAAGAUGCUAGAUUAA